UGAUAGACCAGAAUAAAAGCGUACAGGAGUGGACUUCUCAUCCGCGAAGAUUGGCAGGCCUUUAUACCUGACCGAAUAGCGUAGUUUUUGUUUCUUGCAAUACUUUUUCUCCUGGUUUUUUUAAUAAGAUGACACAGCUAGUUGUUUCCUUCUCCUUGUUCGAGAAUUUCUUUUUCGUCUUGAAACUAAAUAUAGUCUGACUCAACAAGGACCAACAAUGACGCACCGCACCCUUCGUACUCGUUUCGUUUCGUUCAGGCCGGCAGGACAGCGUCCGAUAAUUCCCUCCGCCGCCAGUACUGCAUGUCUGUGGACAGAUAGCAGUGAUUUUCUUGUAACAGGUCGUGCUUCCUCAUCAGUUCGUCGUGGUUGCUCCUUGCAGCGGUCGCGACCAAGAGGAUUCUCAUCGGCAAGAACCCAAGCAGCGCCGCUUGCGGGUUCUUCUAUUCACGAUUCGGUUGUACCUGCGCAGAAGGAGCAACUUCUGUCGCCUACAGCUACCCUCGAGGACCACGAACAGCCGGCCGGACCGAGGAACCGAACUACUGGCGAGCAAAGUUCUGCUCUAGACACGAUUGCCAGCACUGGUGAUCAACAAAAUGCCCUCGACGAAGAUCCGGAGCGUGCGCCAGCUGCUGGUGCGCAGGAAGCACUAGAAGUCGAGCAGGAGGUGGAAGAGACCACAAGGCCGAUCAACUUUUACAAUCUACCGAAAUACGGUAUAUCCGGACCGAAGUCGGUAAUCGAAAACUGGCCAUUUCUCGUCCGCAAAUCAUUGAAGCAGGACCUCCAAAGCGCAACCGACGUUACGUUCGUCUUCGGCCCGCAAGGCAGCGGCGCCCGGUCGGCGAUGCGCAACGCGCUCGAGCGGGAGCUGGAUUUCGAUUUUUACGGAUUCUGUAGCGCCGACGAGAAUUAUGCAACGGCAGAAGAAGGAGAACAACAAGAUUGGAGAGCGUACAGCUUUCCUUUACUGGUCGAAACUUUUGUCGAAGAGCUGACAGAGACCAUCCCGCCCAUCGGCCCUGCGGGCUGGGAGGAACUCAGAGACGGACCGUUUUUUGAAGAGCUACAGAAGCCGAACCCAGUAACAGAAACAGUCCGACACCGACAAGGUCUAGGAAGUCGUGGCUCUACUAUUCGCACUGGUACUCGUGCUGCUCCCCAGAGCCUGUCGCUUGACCGUCACUGGCUCACCCUUUGUGCGAAAAUCGCCCUGGACGAAGUUUCCCCGGACCAGCACCCAGCCGUUUCUUCGUUGCGUGAAACUAGCGCUCUUACGGACUCAGAGUGGGCGGACUUGCGGCAAAGGCUCGCGAGUGUCCUGAAGAAAUCUCCUCCGGCGCACGAAGAGGGCGCAGCUGGGAAGAAGACCAUAUCAAAAGGCAAGGAGUGCUGGCAAAUUUUCUGUGAUGCGGUGAGGAGUGUCAGUGUGAUGUCUCCAUCAUCAUCCGGCGAAAUACCUGCUGUUGACGCGUCCUCAACCGCGUUUGACAAGGUCGAAUUUCUUGUCGACCUCUUGACGAAAGAUCUUGUUCCAGGGAAAACAAGCAGCAGCGCCAGUAGAAGGUCCGCAUCAACAGACCAGAACUCCACGUCACUGCUAGACCAAAUCUAUCACUUUCUGCUCUUUCUCCGACACACGAGGAUGCUGCCUUCGGCUCUGCCACGCACUGCCUCCGGAAGUGGAAGUGCUGCUGCACAGGUCGAUAGCAAUUCCGAACGGGAUCAAGAAAGAGAAAGAGAAGACCACGUGGACGAUCUAGGCCAGGAGGCCUAUCCCAGUGCCGACGUCCUCGCCUUCGCUAAUUGUGGCGCUUUGCUUCGGAACUUCAACAGUCAGGAAGCUAGUUACCAAGGAAGCAGUAGUAUCAACUACGGCGCGAAAUUUCUCGGCCUGGUCGAAGCCGUUUUCAGCGGCCAUCCCGUGCUACUGCACAUGAAUGGCGACGGCAUGGCGUUGCUGGAGCAGAACCCGCAAAACCUCAUCACGGUGGGCCUGUUGAGCGAAAAGAUGGCGAAGUCCCUGUGCGAACUGGUGCUUGCGAAACAUAAAAUUUCUUUGGAGUGCAACUUGCUGAAGAAUGCAGAGCUGCGGAAACGGUACGAGGUGAAAGCCAACCCACUGGAGAACCACGUGGACGAGUUUUACCUGAGUUACUGGGACUUCAAAACGGUGUACAAGUUCCUGGGCGGCCACGUGCGGCACUUGAAACUCUUCUUGCAGGAAUUGAUCGCCCUGGCCGCGAAAACGGAAAAGCCAACGACCCACGAGGAGCAGGACAAACUCCGCCACGAGUUUCAGUGCCCGAAGAAUCUGACGCACCAGCUCCUGCGGGUGGUGCGCCAUGCGGUAUUAGCGGGGGACACGUUGCAAACCGAGUACAAAAUCCAGUACUUCUUGAACAGCUGCGGACUGUUGAUGCAAGAAGGAGACCAAGAUGCGCCGGAACACGAGCAAGACCACUUGGAGCGAAAGAACGCGAGUAGUAGUGGCCUGUGCGACGUUCACGUUGAGGAACAGAACGAGUCGGAGUCCAGCAGUGAGCUUUCAUCUUCGCUGCAGGUACAACAAACACAAGGCCAGGACCAGAAGAAGUCCACAAGUGCAUCAGCAGCACCAACACCAGAUUUCGCUGCUUUCCCGCCGGCCAAGAAGAUGCGGAUCAUGGAGACGGUCCGGCUUCUUAUCGAUUCCGACGCAAACCAGGGGGAAAUUCUCGUGAACAACAACUUCGAUAUCACAAACCCAGUUCUGCUGGCCCUUCUCGACGCGCAGCUGCUAAUUCCCGACUGGGAUCCCGCGAGGUUGCAAUUCCCGAACGAGUACACCAAGCACUGUUUGCGCCUCUGGGUAGACGAGGAAUUUUUGAAGUUAGGAAAGUUGGAAAAGCUAAAAUACCAAGCAGCGUGCUGGCAGGAACGAGAAGGGAUUAAGCAAAGCGUGAAAAGGAUUUCUUGCUGAUCGAAAUAAAUGGGUUGUCUCUUUAUGACACUGGUGACAGUGUGGUCGACAUGGAAAGUGGUAAAUUUAUUUAUCGACGUGUGGACGAUGCAUCUGAUGUGAUAGACUCAGACUUCACAUCACGACUAAGAAAUAUUUUGAAGCAUAGAAAUGCCCUCUGCGUGCUUCUUGCACGAUGGGCAAAAAGAACAAGCGGAAGCAGAAACUCAACGAAAAAAAGUAGUGUUGCGCUCCCUGCACUACAGCUACACCAA